AAUCAUGUUUGGUCCACCAUGUGGACGCACGCUAUUAUCCAAAUGUGACUUACAAGCGAGAAACCCACUAGCACUCACAUGCACAGUCGACUUAUUCAUAUAUAUGUUGCUUUUUAUCACAUAAAGCUCGUUGUGCAAAAGAACAGAAUGAGUUCUAAGUUUGAUAUCGGCUCCUUAAGCAUAGUAAUGACUCUGCUUAUUUGCUUCUUAUUAUUAUCUUUGGCUCCAAAACUUGAGGCUGAGCUCGCAACGGUCCAACAUGCUCCAAACCCCGAUGGCUCUAUCAGUUUUCUGGUGAUUGGAGAUUGGGGUAGGCAUGGACUCUACAACCAAUCCCAAGUUGCCCUCCAGGUACUAAUUUACAUACUAUAUACCCAUAUGUGUUGUAGUAUUUUAAGAUCGUUUAGAUGGAAACAUAGAUGGGGAGAAUCGGGGAGGAGAUGGAUAUCAAUUUUGUGGUAUCGACGGGUGAUAACAUCUACGAUAACGGGAUGAAAAGUAUCGAUGAUCCCGCCUUUCAACUCUCCUUUAGUAAUAUCUACACUUCUCCUAGCCUGCAAAAGCCUUGGUACCUUGUAUUGGGGAAUCACGACUAUAGAGGAGAUGUUGAGGCACAAUUGAGUCCUAUCCUCAGAUCUAUGGAUAGCCGUUGGAUUUGCAUGAGAUCCUUCAUCGUUGACGCUGAGAUCGCAGAGCUCUUCUUUGUCGACACAACUCCUUUUGUAGAUGCUUAUUUCCUCAGUCCACAAGACCAAACUUACGACUGGAGCGGCGUAUCACCGCGAAAAUCCUACCUUCAGACCAUCUUAACGGAGUUGGAGAUGGGUCUAAGAGAAUCAAGUGCAAAAUGGAAAAUUGUGGUGGGUCACCAUGCUAUAAAGAGUGCUUCCAUUCAUGGGAAUACCAAAGAGCUUGAAUCUCUCCUCUUACCCAUCCUUGAGGCGAAUAAAGUUGAUCUCUAUAUGAACGGUCAUGAUCAUUGCUUGCAACAUAUAAGCACAUCACAAAGCCCAAUUCAGUUUCUAACGAGUGGUGGUGGGUCAAAGGCAUGGAGAGGCUAUUACAAUUGGACAACACCAGAGGAUAUGAAAUUUUUCUACGAUGGACAAGGUUUCAUGUCAGUUAAGAUCACUAGAUCAGAAUUGAGUGUCGUUUUUUAUGAUGUCUCCGGCAAUAGUUUGCAUAAGUGGGACACAUCGAAAAUGUUAGACUCGGAUUUUUAUUUCCCAUUGUAAUUCACAUGAAAAUCAGUUAAAGCACAUAAAUUCUACAUAUAAAUAAAUAUGAUUACUAUGAGUGGCUAAAAAAAAAUCAAGUAAAUUAGGCAAACUCAGAAUACAUGAAGUCAUGCAGAAUGUUGGAAACUUUCUGUACGAGCCAUCUUCGUCAUUGAAUGUAUCACAGCAUAUUUAGCUAAACCAUGACGUAAAUACAAUUCUUUUGUUCGAUCCAUUAAGUAUAUUAUAUGGGACCAAACAAACACAUACCAAAAAAAUUGGAGGUUCG